GACAAGCAGCAUGGACGUCGUUUUUGUGAGGAGAGUUUUGCGAAUUCUUCAAAAUAGAUCGAUAAUAUUUUUCUUCUGUUAGGACUAACUACGUUAACUUUAAAGUCGUGUUUGAUUCGCUUUAAUAUUUAUCAAUUAAUUGUAGUUUCAUCGUAGUGCGUUGCGUUAUAUGCGAUAAAAUCGUUAAUGAUAAAUGAUUCAGUAGGUUAUAUUAUUUUUUGUUGAAACGUAGCUGUAAUUGGAUAUUAUUUUGAAAAAGUGAUAUAAUGAUAGCAGAAUGAAGUGUCAUUACGAAGUAUUGUGCAUUGCGAAGGAAGCGAGCGUUUCUGAGAUCAAAAAAGCUUAUCGUAAGCUCGCACUGCAGUGGCACCCUGAUAAAAACUUGGAUAAUCUUGUAGAAGCUAAAGAACAGUUUCAACUAGUCCAGAAUGCCUACGAAGUCCUCUCAGACCCUCAAGAGAGAGCCUGGUAUGACAAUCAUAGGGAACAACUGUUGCGUGGUGCUGGCAGCUCAUACAAUGAUGACAGUCUGGAUGUGUACCCAUACUUCAGUCCGUCCUGCUACAAAGGAUUCGGGGACGAUCCUCAGGGAUUCUAUGGAGUCUAUGCAGAGGUAUUCUCCAAACUGACAGCAGAGGAGACAGAUUUCCUUGAUGAUCCGGAAGACGUGGCUAAAAUACCCAAGUUUGGAAACUCCACUACUCCUUACGAGGAAGUGCAUGAGUUCUAUGCAUAUUGGAUGGCAUUCUCAACUAAUAAAAGCUAUGUGUGGCUGGAUCAAUACGAAAUCCAGCAAGGCGACAACCGUAGAGUGAUCAAGUUGAUGGAGAAGGAAAAUAACAAGAUACGUCAGAAGGCCCGCAAGGAGCGGAACGAGGAGAUCAGGAGGCUGGUCAGCUUCGUACGGAGGAAGGACAAACGGGUCAUUGAACACACCAGGCUGCUACAGGAGAAGGCCGAAGAGAAUAAGAGAAAGGCAGAACAAAUGAGAAGGGACAGGAUAAUUCAGAGGCAGAAGGAAAUACAAGAAGCAAAGAAAAGGGAAGGUGAAACCUCUUUUAUACAAAGUGAAGAGUACCAGAAGAAACUUAGCGAGAUUGAAUCACUUUUAGCAGAAGAAUUCGGCCUAUCAUCUGAUGAUGACACUAUUAGUGAAGGUGGAAUGGAAAGCAGUAAUGAGGAGAGUUCUAAGACUGAAGAGGCAAGUGAAACAUCGAAAACGACAGCAAAAACUUCGAAAUCUAAAGCAGCUAUGAGAAAUCUAUACUGCUCUGCUUGUAAUAAGCUAUUUAAAAAUAUCAAGUCAUUUGAAAACCACGAAAAUAGUAAGAAACAUAAGGAAAAUGUUGCAAAUAUGACCCUGGAGGAUGAUAUAGAUAUUUCAGAUCAUGAACAAGUUGAUGAUGAUGAAGUAGAAAUUCCUAUAAAGGAAGAAGGGAAAGUGAAUGGUCAGACCGAAGAAGAAGAGGAUGCAAAUUCUACAUCUGACAUAGAAGACAAUGAUAUCAGGGAAACUCUUAGUGACGAUUCUGACAAAGUGCAGGCACUACCCAAAAGCCAGAAAAAGAAGAAAAACAAAAAGAAGUCAUUUAUCGCAAUGCCGGAAAGUGAGGGCAAUGAUAGUCACGACGAGAUGAGCUUUAAUGAAAUAGAGGGGCCCUCCCGCAGUAGGAAAGCCAAGAAAUUCAACAUGCUGAAGAGCCAGAUACAGGCUAAAAAGGAAGCUAGUCUAAAGAAAGGAUCCCAAUCUCAGACCUCAACAGAAAACUUAUGUGAAGUCUCAAGUACAACACCCACAGAUGAUGCACUUGGAGAUUCAGCUUUGCCUAAAGACAAACCAACAUUACCCAAAGCUCAAAGAAAUAUAAAGACAAAGAAGCUAGUAGAUAGGAAGCCUAGAACUCAAAAUACUGAAACAGAAGAUUCGAGCACAGCUCUUAAUCUUAGAUGUGCAGUCUGUCAAACAGACUUCCCGUCUAAGAAUAAAUUGUUUGAACAUUUAAAAAAGACAGGGCACUCGGUGCCCCUCCCACAAACUAGCUUCACUCAACCUAAGAAAGGCAAAAGAGCUAAUAGAUAAACCGGCAAUUUAUUUAGAUAGGUUAAAGGUAUGAAUUAAUCAGUGAAGAUCUUUACAAGUUGUAAAUUGACUUAUCAAUCUAUUUAUUGAAAUUAUGAUCAUUGUCAUCAUUAAAAGUAUGCCUAUUGAA